AUGCCCAUGAUUCCUUUCUUAGAUCUCUCUCACAACAAACUUACUGGACCUUUGGUGAACCUUCCCAAUGGGGGAAAUGUUAACUUUUUUGGGCAGGUAUUUGCCCGUGGAUUGCUUCUCCAGAAUAACCUUUUCAAUGGGUCGAUUCCUAGGUCAUUGUGCACAAGGACAGAUUUGCAAUAUCUUGAUCUUGCCAAAAAUAGGUUAUCCGGGAAAAUUCCCAACUGUUUUAAGAACUUGAAAAACUUGGUUACGAUGAGAUUUAGCUCAAAUCGGUUGCGUGGUGUGAUUCCAAGUUCAGUAGCUCUUAAUUCUUUAACGCGGUUAAGACUCAACGGAAAUAACUUUACUGGUGAACUUCCUCGAGAAUUAGGGAAUUUAAGAGAUUUAGAAGUCUUAGAUGUCGGUGAUAAUAGAUUGUCUGGAAAAAUACCCGUAUGGAUUGGAGAAAAUCUUACAUCUUUGAUCGUUUUGAGGUUGCACAAAAAUAACUUCACCGGAAGAAUUCCACGAACAUUAUGCAAAACUCCAAAACUUCAAAUUUUGGAUGUUGCAUACAACAACUUAAGAGGAACCAUCCCUCAUUGCCUAGGGGAGUUGAGUGCCAUGGUUAGGAGUGACCCUGAUUUUCUUAUCGACCCUGAUCAUGAUGAGAGUCUAAUUCAGGUCAUGAAAGGUGUUGAGCUUGAAUAUACAAAAAAUUUGGCUUUACUUUUUAACAUGGACCUUUCAAGCAAUAAACUAGUGGGAGAAAUACCAGUCAAGCUAACUAUGCUUUCCAUGUUGGUGGGUCUCAAUUUGUCCAAUAAUCAUCUCAGUGGGGAAAUUCCAGGCACCAUUGGAAACUUGACAGCUUUAAAUUCUCUCGAUUUAGCAAGAAAUGAGUUGACUGGGAUGAUCCCUCCGAGCAUGGCAGCUUUGACCUUUUUGAGUUAUUUGAAUCUGUCACACAACAACUUGUGGGGACAAAUUCCAAGUGGAAAUCAAUUGCAGACCCUUGAUGAUCCAUACGAUAUAUGCUGGGAACAAAGAUUUGUGUGGUCCUCCAUUGCCAAAGGGUUGCUCAAAUUCGGAAGACCCAACAACAACAACAAGGAAGAAGAAAUACGAAGCAGCUGA